AUGGAAAUCACUAAUAAAAAUAACGAACAACAACUUGCUAUUCCUGUGCGAAUCACUCUAUUGGAACGAGUCGAACUUCUCGAAUACAAUUUGCAACGAGCUGAGGAAAAAAACAUCAUUCUGAUGAUGGUGAGUUCAACUGUUUUUGGGAGUGGUUUUUUUCUUAAAUGAAAGGUUUUCAGAUGGUGAAAGGUGCAACCGAAGGACAAAAUCAAAUCAAUACUCGUUUGGAUGAAUUCGGCGAUGUGCAGGUGAAGAUGAUGAAGAAUUUCAAACAUUCUGUGACAUUUGGAGGUGAGCUCUUCGACUUUUUAGUUGAAAAUAUUGAUUUUUUUUCAUUUUUCAGACCAACCCAUCGUCGAGCAACAUGUAUAUGAUCAAGAUGCGAUAAUUCACUCCACUCCAACACAAACACCAAGUAGAAAUGAAAAAGAUAAGAAGAAAUCUGGAAGCAUAAGAAAACGUGGGGAACAAGUGAUUGGAAAGAAGCCAAAAACAGUUAUGGAGACCAUUAGAAGAAGUGUAAGUCAUGCGAGGUUUUGAAAUUUUCAAAAAAUUGAUGUUUUUUCAGCCCCGCUUGCGUGCAAAUCAAAACAAGAAAUAA